CGCGUCCUCUGGUUCCGGGCCCGAACGACGCCACCCCAGAUCUUGUGAUCGCCCAGAGCCUGGGCCCGUGGCCACACCCCUAGCGACUAACGAGCCAAUAGAAGAGGCUUUAGUGGUUGCCAAGGUAAACCUCUGGCGGCAAGAUGGCAGCCGCCAGCCAAGGAAGCCAGAGCUCCCGCCCGCAGCGUCGGGACCCGCAGGGGCGGCCGCCUCAGGACGGUUACGGCGUCUACGUGUACCCCAACUCCUUCUUUCGAUACGAAGGGGAAUGGAGAGGAGGGAAGACCCACGGUCGCGGGAAGCUGCUGUUUAAGGACGGGAGUUACUACGAGGGCGAGUUUGCAGACGGGGAGAUCAUGGGCCGAGGCUGCCGCCACUGGGCCCACACAGGGAACACCUAUUCUGGUCAGUUUGUCUUUGGAGAACCCCAGGGCCACGGCGUCAUGGAGUACAAAGCGGGGGGCCGCUACGAAGGGGAGCUGUCCCACGGCGUGAGAGAAGGACACGGGUGUCUCGAGGACCCGGAUGGGCGCGUGUACUGGGGGGCGUUCCACAACAACAAGCGCCACGGCCGCGGGCACAUGGCCUUCCCGAACGGGGACGAGUACGAGGGCGACUGGGUCCGGGACCAGCGGCAGGGGCACGGGGUGCUGCGCUGCGCGGACGGCUCCGUCUACGAGGGACAGUGGCACAGCGACGUCCUCAGUGGCCUGGGCAGCGUGGCCCACUGCUCCGGGGUCGUCUACACGGGCAUGUGGAUCAGCGGUUACCCGAUGGGGCGCGCCGCGAGGACCGUGAUCCUGGGCCCGGAGGUGAUGGACGUGGCCCGGGGCUGCUCCUUCACGGUGCGCGUGCAGCUGCUGCAGGACAGCGGGGCCGUGGCCUCCAGCGAGGACGGCCGGGUCCUGAGGAUCGCGGCGGGCGUCAGGUACGUGCAGCUCCCGGCCUACUCAGAGGUCAGCUUCUUCACCGUGGACGCGGGCCGACGGGAGGCGCCCAUCCAGACCCCGUUUGGGUUCCAGUGCAUCGCCUACCCGCUGUCGGGCCCCCCGUCGGCGGGCCUGGAAAGUGCCCGGGCCAACGCGUCGCUCCCCACGGGAGACCCGGAGGUGGCAUGGACCCCGGACGCCCCAUGUGACCAGGGAGAUGCCCCCGGCAGCCUGCCCGCCGGGCGACGCGCGUCCCGCUGUCCUGAGGGCUGUCGGCGAGCGCAGCGAGGCUGUGCCCAGUUCGAGGGCGUCCGCCUCGGGGCCCCUCCGCCCGGGUACCACCCCGUCCCGUUCCUGGACGGCCCGCACGAGGAGGCAAGCGGCAGGCCCAGAGGUGGCCCGAGCCCGGGGACAGGGACGCCCACCUCGCAGGACCCACCGGGAGGCAGCAGGCCCGAUGGGGCGGCCGAGGCAGAGCCGGGGACCGAGGCCCUCCCAGGGGAAUACGUCAUCAUGAUCCAGGACGUGACCACCCCCCCGUUCCUGGGCCGCAGGCUGCCCAUGGCCUUCAAACACCUCCGGGUGUCCGCGAGGGAGAAAGCCCCAGAGCCCGGAGCCAGGAGGGCCGCCCACCCCCGGGGACCAGUGUCCCCUCCGGACACCACCUCGUUCUGAAGGCACAGACACGCCGCCUCUGCUUCCCGGGGCGCCACCCUCGUCCCCUCCCGGCGGCCUGAUCAGGGGCCCAGGGAGCCCCACUCUCCCAGAGCCACUGGUGUUGUUAAUAAAGUGCGCAACGCUGA